ACACUAAUAUUGAGUCAUUGACACACUCGCAUUGAAACGAGAAACACGCAUUCUUCCUCAUUCUUGCUUUGAUUUAUCCAAACAUGCAACUGAUAUCUCCCCAAAUUACACUCUCAAAUUUGCCUAAUCUCUCUCCAUUUCACCAGCCCAUUCGCAGACCCAAUUUCCCAUUUCCAGUUCCCCAUAAUAAAUGCCACCCUGUAACUGCAAGUGCAGCGGUUAAAGGGUCGGGUUUUCUCUCAGCAAUUGGGAGGACAAUCGAGGAGGAAGAGUACAGAAAGGCUAGGGCUGAGGUGAAUAGAAAGGGAUUGGGUUUAGAAGGCUAUUCCAUUGAAGGGUUGUCGAUUGGUGGGCAUGAGACGUGUGUUAUUGUGCCUGAAUUGAAGUCUGCUUUUGAUAUUGGGAGGUGCCCUUCAAGAGCUGUUCAGCAGAAUUUCGUGUUUAUUACCCAUGCUCAUCUUGAUCAUAUUGGUGGACUUCCGAUGUAUGUAGCUACUCGUGGUUUAUACAGCUUAAAACCUCCAACAGUGGUUGUGCCUCCUGGCAUAAAAGAGGAUGUUGAACGGCUAUUUGAUAUUCACAGGGCCAUGGGUCAGGUGGAACUGAACUUUGAUUUGGUUGCUCUGGAUGUAGGGGAGACGUAUGAAAUGCGGAAUGACCUUGUUGUACGACCAUUUAAAACUCACCAUGUUAUACCCAGCCAGGGUUAUGUUAUCUACUCUGUUAGAAAGAAGCUAAAAAAGCAAUACAUGCAUCUAAAAGGAACUCAAAUUGAGAAACUGAAAAAGUCUGGUGUUGAGAUCACAGAUACGAUACUGUGCCCUGAGGUAGCCUUUACAGGAGAUACAAUGUCAGAUUUUUUUCUGGAUCCACGAAGUGCUGAUGCCUUGCGCGCAAAAAUUCUUAUAACUGAAGCAACAUUUUUGGACGAAAGUGUCACUGUUGAGCACGCAAGAGAGCAUGGCCAUACCCAUCUAUUUGAGAUCAUAGAACGUGCUAAAUGGAUUCGGAAUAAAGCCAUAGUAUUGACUCAUUUCUCAUCCCGCUACGAUAUUGAGGACAUUCGACAAGCUCAGUCGAAAUUGAAGUCUAAGGUUUCAGCUAAAGUGAUUGCUCUAACGGAAGGCUUUAAAUCAAAGUACUCAUAGACAAAGUCUAUGGUUGUCCAUGGAUUAUGCCUUCUGGCCUGAUUCCUUCCCUUUUCAGGGCUUGGAAAAGUGUGGAUUUUCGAGUGCCACCAUUAUUAUGGACAAUUCAAUUUCUUCAGGGAAUUAUGCAUUGAUCCUUGGAAGCAAGUUCACUGGAUUUAUGAGAUUAAUGAGAAGUUCUGCUUGUAGGGUUGCUAUGUAUGCAUCAUAUAAUUACAUAAAAGUACUUCUUCUUCUUCUU